AUGGCUUGUCCCUCCCUCGGUCUGGAAGCCCUUCAGCCCCUGCAGCCCGAGCCGCCCCCGGAGCCGGCCUUCUCCGAGGCGCAGAAGUGGAUCGAGCAAGUAACUGGUAGAAGCUUCGGUGAUAAGGAUUUUCGGACAGGCUUGGAAAAUGGGAUCCUCCUUUGCGAGUUGCUGAAUGCCAUAAAGCCAGGACUUGUUAAAAAGAUCAAUAGAUUGUCUACUCCCAUUGCAGGGUUGGACAACAUUAUCUUAUUCUUGAGAGGUUGUAAAGAGCUUGGCCUGAAAGAGUCUCAACUUUUUGACCCAAGUGACCUCCAGGAUACAUCAAACAGAGUAGGAGUCAAGAGCCUUGAUUAUAGCAGAAAGCUGAGAAAUGUAUUAGUUACCAUUUACUGGCUAGGAAAAGCAGCAAACAGCUGUACGUCCUACAGCGGAACUACACUCAACCUGAAGGAAUUUGAAGGACUGUUAGCUCAGAUGAGAAAGGAGACUGAUGACACUGAGAGUCCCAAGCGCAGCAUUCGAGACAGUGGCUACAUCGACUGCUGGGAUUCGGAACGCAGCGACUCCCUCUCGCCCCCUCGGCACGGCAGAGAUGAUUCCUUCGACAGCCUGGAUUCCUUCGGCUCCCGUUCCCGGCAGACACCCUCCCCAGAUGUAGUCCUCCGGGGAAGCAGUGAUGGGAGAGGAAGUGAUUCCGAGUCUGACUUGCCACAUCGGAAGCUACCAGAUGUGAAGAAGGAUGACAUGUCUGCACGGCGGACUUCCCACGGUGAGCCGAAAUCAGCAGUGCCUUUUAACCAGUACCUCCCCAACAAAAGCAACCAGACAGCCUACGUCCCCGCUCCUCUGAGGAAGAAGAAGGCGGAGCGAGAGGAGUACAGGAAGAGCUGGAGCACUGCCACGUCCCCCUUGGGUGGCGAGAGGCCCUUCAGAUACGGUCCCAGAACUCCUGUGUCUGAUGACGCAGAGAGCACAAGUAUGUUUGACGUGCGCUGUGAGGAGGAGGCCGCCGUGCAGCCACACAGCAGGGCCCGCCAGGAGCAGCUGCAGCUGAUAAACAGCCAGCUGAGGGAAGAGGACGACAAGUGGCAAGAUGACCUAGCUCGAUGGAAGAGCCGCAGAAGAAGUGCUUCUCAGGACUUAAUCAAGAAAGAAGAAGAGAGGAAAAAGAUGGAGAAGUUACUGGCUGGAGAAGAUGGGAUGAGUGAACGAAGGAAAAGCAUCAAAACCUACAGAGAAAUCGUCCAAGAAAAGGAACGGAGAGAAAGAGAGUUGCAUGAAGCGUAUAAGAAUGCUCGGUCCCAGGAGGAAGCAGAGGGCAUUUUGCAGCAGUACAUUGAGAGGUUCACCAUCAGUGAGGCUGUUCUGGAACGCCUGGAGAUGCCAAAAAUUCUGGAGAGAAGCCAUUCAACGGAGCCAAACUUAUCCUUCCUCCUGAACGAACCCAACCCCAUGAAAUACCUGCGGCAACAGUCACUGCCUCCACCCAAGUUCACUGCCACGGUCGAAACCACCAUCGCACGCCCCAGCGUCCUGGACACCAGCAUGUCAGCAGGCAGUGGAUCUCCAAAUAAAACUGUCGCUCCCAAACCUGUGCCUAUGCUGACCCCCAAGCCUUACUCACAGCCUAAAAACUCUCAAGAGGUUUUGAAGACCUUCAAGGUAGAUGGGAAAGUCAGCAUGAAUGGAGAAAUGGCUCAUGGAGAUGAAGAGGAGAAGGACAGAGAGUGCUCCGCCGGGACAUUUGCCCCUUCCCUGACCACAUCCCAGAUGUUUGAAGGUGUGGCCAGAGUUCAUGGGUCCCCUGUGGAGUUGAAACAAGACAGUGAUGGCAUUGAGAUCAACAUCAAGAAGCCAAAUUGUAUUCCUCAAGAGCUGACAGCAACCACUGAGGAAGCUGAACAGAACAGUCAGGAGGCUGAGAAUGAUGAUGGAGAACCUGGGAAAGAAAAUGAAGAAUUUGCUACAGCAGAGCCACAGCAUUUUACAACAACCGUGACUCGAUCCAGCCCGACUGUGGCCUUUGUGGAGCUUUCCUCUAGCCCUCAACUAAAAAGCAGUGUGCCUGAAGAAAAAGAUCAGCAGAAAAUGGAACAUGAAAUGAGCGGAAAGGUGGAGUUGGUGCUAUCACAAAAGGUAGUAAAGCCAAAAUCUCCAGAACCAGAAGCAACCCUCACAUUUCCAUUUUUGGACAAAAUGCCUGAAGUCAACCAACUACAUUUGCCAAAUCUCAAUUCUCAAGUGGAUUCUCCAAGCAGUGAAAAGUCACCAGGGACUACACCUCAGUUUAAAUUCUGGGCAUGGGACCCUGAAGAAGAGCGCAGGCGACAGGAGAAAUGGCAGCAGGAGCAGGAACGUUUACUCCAGGAAAGGUACCAGAAGGAGCAGGACAAGCUGAAAGAAGAAUGGGAAAAGGCUCAAAAGGAGGUGGAAGAGGAAGAACGCAGAUACUAUGAGGAGGAACGAAAGAUAAUUGAAGACACAGUAGUUCCGUUUACUCUUUCUUCAAGUUCUGCUGACCAGCUGUCUACCUCUUCUUCAAUAACUGAAGGCAGCGGGGCAGUGAAUAAGCUAGAUGUGGAAAACUGUGGAGAGGAAGAACCACAGAGAAGCCAGCAGAAGCUGUUUCAAAAGGACGAUGAUGGCUUACUGGUUAAGAAUCGGGAAAGUGGUCCACUGGAGGCUCAGAAGAAGAGCCUAACUCAAGGAACUCUGGAUCCUUCUGAGAACCCUGUACUAAAAGGACACCAUCAAGACCAACUGCUGGAAACUGAAGCUGGGACUCCUCAUUGUGGGGUGAAUUCACCACUAUCUCAGGAUCCAUCCUGGAAUCAGCAGGUAUUAAACCCACCUACGCACAUUUCAGAAGAUGUGAAGCCGAAAACCCUCUCACUGGAUAAAAGCAUCAACCAUCAGAUAGAGUCUCCUAGUGAAAGGCGGAAGUCUAUAAGUGGGAAGAAACUGUGUUCCUCCUGUAGCCUUCCUUUAGGUAAAGGAGCCGCUAUGAUCAUCGAGACCCUUAAUCUCUAUUUUCAUAUCCAGUGCUUCCGGUGUGGAAUUUGUAAAGGACAGCUCGGAGAUGCAGUGAGUGGGACGGACGUUAGGAUUCGAAAUGGUCUUCUCAACUGUAAUGAUUGCUACAUGCGGUCCAGAAGUGCUGGUCAACCUACAACACUGUGA